UAGUCGUAACUUCUGCCCUGAGGAUGUCGGAGCGCAGGCCGCGCCGGAUGUGCUCUGACGCUCCCGGAAGUGACUCGACCUUUGCGUUUCCCCCCCCUUUUCCCAUUGCCGCCCCCCCUGCAUUGCCAUUUCCCUCCCUCCCCCCUUUUUCGUUUCCGGCGCUCCCGCCUUCUCUCCGCCGCAGCUCUACUCUGAGCCCGUGGGGGGAGGGAGGGAGGGAGGGGGCGUGGAGGAAUCGGGGUUCUCGGGAGCACGAGCUGCAGCACCACUUCCGGCAAACGCCGCCCCUCCCGCGCUCUGGCUCAGGCUCUGGCGCCGCCGCAGCCGUCGCCGCCGGAAAGUUCAGGAGCCCUGGAAAGGAGAAGGAAUAAGACGACAGGAGGAAGAGAGAGAGAGGGUAGAAUGGAAGAAUCUCACUUCAAUUCUAACCCGUACUUCUGGCCUUCUAUCCCCACAGUCUCAGGACAGAUUGAGAACACGAUGUUCAUCAACAAGAUGAAGGAUCAGCUGCUGCCGGAGAAGGGCUGUGGGCUGGCUCCACCCCACUACCCCACCUUGCUGACAGUGCCUGCCUCCGUGUCCCUGCCCUCAGGCAUCAGUAUGGACACAGAGUCCAAGUCAGACCAGCUGACCCCACAUAGCCAGGCGUCCGUUACCCAGAACAUCACCGUGGUCCCUGUGCCGUCUACAGGACUGAUGACUGCUGGAGUCUCCUGUUCUCAGAGGUGGAGAAGAGAAGGGAGUCAAUCAAGGGGUCCCGGUUUGGUAAUCACGUCCCCCUCAGGCUCCCUUGUGACCACAGCCUCAUCAGCUCAGACCUUCCCCAUUUCGGCUCCCAUGAUUGUCUCAGCUCUUCCCCCUGGCUCACAAGCCCUGCAGGUGGUCCCUGACCUCUCCAAGAAGGUAGCAUCAACCCUAACAGAGGAAGGAGGCGGAGGUGGUGGUGGAGGUGGCAAUGUGGCUCCUAAGCCCCCUCGGGGCCGGAAGAAGAAGCGGAUGCUGGAAUCAGGGCUGCCUGAGAUGAAUGACCCUUAUGUCCUCUCCCCUGAGGAUGACGAUGACCAUCAGAAAGACGGCAAGACCUAUAGGUGCCGGAUGUGCUCACUGACAUUCUACUCAAAGUCGGAGAUGCAGAUCCACUCCAAGUCACACACCGAGACCAAGCCCCACAAGUGCCCGCACUGCUCCAAGACCUUCGCCAACAGCUCCUACCUGGCCCAGCACAUCCGCAUCCACUCAGGGGCCAAGCCCUACAGUUGUAACUUCUGUGAGAAAUCCUUCCGCCAGCUCUCCCACCUCCAGCAGCACACCCGAAUCCACACCGGUGACAGACCAUACAAAUGUGCACACCCAGGCUGUGAGAAAGCCUUCACGCAGCUCUCCAAUCUGCAGUCCCACAGGCGGCAGCACAACAAAGAUAAACCCUUCAAGUGCCACAACUGUCACCGGGCGUACACGGACGCAGCCUCACUAGAGGUGCACCUAUCUACGCAUACGGUGAAGCAUGCCAAGGUGUAUACCUGCACUAUCUGUAGUCGGGCAUACACGUCGGAAACGUACCUUAUGAAACAUAUGCGCAAACACAACCCUCCUGAUCUCCAGCAACAAGUGCAGGCGGCAGCGGCGGCAGCGGCGGUGGCCCAGGCCCAGGCCCAGGCCCAGGCCCAGGCUCAGGCCCAGGCCCAGGCUCAAGCCCAAGCCCAGGCUCAAGCCCAGGCCUCCCAGGCAUCGCAGCAGCAGCAGCAGCAACAGCAGCCACAGCCACCACACUUCCAGUCCCCUGGGGCAGCCCCCCAGGGUGGGGGUGGUGGGGACAGCAACCCCAACCCUCCACCCCAGUGUUCCUUUGACCUGACCCCCUAUAAGACGGCGGAGCAUCAUAAGGACAUCUGCCUCACUGUCACCACCAGCACCAUCCAGGUGGAGCACCUGGCCAGCUCGUAGAGACCUGUGCUGCCACCCACUGGGAAGAGGGGAAAGAAGUUCUGGUCCCUUCUUUCUCCAACUUCUCUUGGUGGGAAAAGUCUUCUUCCUUGACAGGCCUUGCCUCCAUCUCCUUGGGCCUCAGGCACGGCCUUCCUACACAGGAUACCAUGCUUAUUCUCAACUCCUCUUCAAAAGGAAUAUCAGCCCUCCUGAUUGGCAAAGGAAUAAGGAGCUGGUAGUGUAAUCCAGCAGCCUCCCCUUCCAAGCAUAGCUUUUCAAAAUUGGGGGUUGGUGCUCAAGGGAGGGAUUUGCUAUGACCUCAUAGAAACGUUUCCAGUGUGGGCACUUACCCUCUCGUUACCCUCAUAAUCCUCAAAAGUUGGGGCUGGUGGAAGACUAGAGGCUGGUCCUCCCAGAUCUCUGAGAGAAGGGAGCCCUAAAUGCAACCAGCCUCCUGUUCUGUUCUUGCCUGCAAAAGAACGGAGGUUUCUUCCACGCCCCGAUGAGCGGGAGCCGUCUUCCCCUCGUGGUCUCACUUCACUUCCUACCUAAUGCUGGAAGAGGGAGAUUUCAGUGGGGGUCAGACCCCCUUUAUUUGUAAAGGGGCAAGGGCUGAGAUGUGGUCCCCAAGGGGCCAGAGAUCCCCAAAAUGGUCAAGGGUGGCUUAGAAGCGUGGGUUAUGGUUUUCCUUGGGGCCUCCCCUUCUCUGCCAGCCAAGGCCCUAUACUCGGUCUCCCAGUCCCAAAGCCAGAGGAGCUGUGGGAGCUUUGUGUUCUUUAUGAAAGCCCAAAACAAAGGGUGUUGCAGAGAAGGGAGAGUUCAGGGCAAACACAAGGACUGGACUUAGCUCCCUAGGUGCCACGGUCAAUUGCCGGACACGGAUUUAUAUAUAAAUAUAUAUAUAAAUAUAUAUAUAUACCCACUCAUCACGGCCAUCUUUGUUGUAACCAUUUCUGUGUUUAUAAAUGCAUUAUCUCUCAGAAUUUUCAUAUUUGAUGUUUUGUUUAUUUUUGUCUUUUUUGUUUUUCUCCACCCUGUCUUCUGGCCAACGGCAUUUUUAUUUCCUUUUGCCCUUUUUGUUUGUUUUUAAACCAUGGCAGAUUUCAGAGAAAAGACAAAAUGAAAAAAAAUCAGGAAAUCAGUUGUUAUAAAGCAAUUUAAAAUGAAGAAAAAAAAAACUUAUGUACAAACCAAGGGGUGUUUUUAGAACCUUGUAUAGAAAUAAAUUCGUGUAAAAGGA